AUGAAUAUCUCAAUAUUUUAAUUUGCAUUACUUACAAUGUAGGCUACCUUUUCUCGAAAAACAUAGGUUUUUUGAACCCAACUUAUUUACUUCAUCGUUAAAUAGCGUGAAAGCAUUUGUGACUACAGAUUCAUGAGCGGAUUAUAAGAAGUAUGGAUUCAAAUUUCACGCUCUGGUCAGUUAUCAUAAAUCGGCGUGAAUCAUACUCAGAUUAUCUCUAAAUGCGAUUCGAACGCGAAAACGACCAGUCAUUUUAAUCGCCACUAAUAUCAAAAAUAUUUCUUCCCAGUUUAUGCGAACAGCGAGGUCAGAAACUAAAUCGUUUGCGUUGGUAAUCUAAUUUGCGAAAAAUUGGAUUAAUAACUUGGGCGUUUCAUUGAUUGUAAAAUGGAUAAUUUGUUUGAUAAGCAAAAUAAACAAUUCCGUGACGGAAAUAUUUAUUUACAUGAAAGUUAUCGGAUCGUUAACAUUAAAGAUCGUGACUGACGUUAUUCAUUGCUGAAUACAGCAUUUUCGCUCCAGCGAUUUGGAUUCGUUGUCAAAACAAUAUUUUAUGGUUCACACGGACAUAUGGCAAUUGUGAGUAAUCGGUACUUUCUAUACCCCCGUAUACCGCGUACCUUUCGUAUUUGCUCGUAAGAUCUCGAUAUUUGUAAAACAAUAAAGUGGACCAUGGAAGUAAAUCAUCACACAUUUAUUUUAAUCGUGGGACUUCUGGAUCAAGCACUACUGUUAUCGUUGCUGGUAUGCGUGUGCAAGACCAUCUUAUAACUGUAAUUAUGACCGUAUAACAGAAAAUCUGAUUUCCGGGGAAAAUGAUAUCAAACCAGAUAAAUUCUGUGGCUUUGAAUUAAAUAUAAGAUAUGACUCCCAGAAAUUACGAUAAUAGUUGUGCGAUGACAAAACAUGUUACUGCCUUAUUUUUCGAAAAUAUACUAAAAGCAAAUAAGAUACAUAUAGUGUUAAGGCACGUAGACUAUUGUUAUUUGAUAACGGUUUGUGUAACGUCAUCGAGCUGAAGACAUCUAUUCAGAUAGUAUUGUGUAAUGUUAUACUGGCCAAAAAUACACGAGCAGCGAUACUAUUCUCGUAUACUACAAUAGAGAAAAAAGGCGAACCAGAUAUCUCUUUGCAAGGGCACAUACAUAAACCUCGACGUUAUAGGUAGUAUAAAACACGAGUGAAAUUCAGAACAGGCAUCACAACGAAUUAUACUCGAGUAUAGGUACAUAACCAGUCUGCGGAAUAAAACUCAUUAUUGUCUUCCAACUGUUUUCUCUUUAAUUUCACUGAUAUAUCUUCAAGUAUGAACAUCGCGAUGCUCAUCACACUUGUUACCGUCAUUUCGUUCUCCACAUUGUGCGAAGCUAGAAGCAUUAGAACCAAACGUCAAUCUGGAGCAAUGUGGCAACUUCAGCGACGUAGAAGAGAUCUAUGGGAAACCUACAAACGUUUGCAAAUAAUAUACAACCGAAUUCGAUCAGAAGAUUCGAUCAAAUACGUGCCCACUAGCGUUGCCAGUGAUGGGAGCCGUUCAAAUGGCGAAGGAGCUUUUGCAAUGAUCUCCCAUAUUUUAGGACCCGAUUUCCCUAUAUAUCUGGAUGAUAUGCCAACAGCACAUCAACAAACAAUGGACAGAUUGGUACAGGGGAGUCUUAUUCCUCGUCGAAACGCUGCCGUCAGGCAAAGGACGGUACAACUUCCGAGUGUAUCCCGCGGAGCUAGUAUCGAAGUGAUUAACUCCAAUACCAAUACUAGAAAUCUCCAAUUGGCCAGGUCGUUUGCCGGUAACGGUUUCACUCUCAAGGUUGUCACUGAUGCGGAUAAAGUUAAAGAAGGCGGCCGGAAGAAAAAUCCCAGAAGUGUCAAUGAAGUUAUUCACUUGUGUGGACAAAUUAACCAUGAACUGAGGAAUAAGAGUUUGAAAUUAAGAUGUGAAGUAUUUUUAAAAAACGAAAGCUAGAUAAAUAGCUCGAUCAAAACAACUUGAUGCGAUUAUUAUUUAGUACAAUUUGGUACACCGGAAUGAAUAACCGAGUUUGUGGAUGCGAGUACCGUCUCACAGAAGAGCAAAUGAAAAGAAACUGAUUGCGGGAUUGUUUGAAACGUCUUUGCUGGUCUACAGUGAGUCUGCGACCUUAUAGUGGAACGCAGAUAUUGAUUCAUCGACAAAAUAUUUAUCAAUCAUAUUUAUUUAUUUAUUCUGUGCUGCAGCGAUAACUUCACACCAGUGUUAGACAACUGUUACUGCUUCUUUUAGUAAAAUUGUUUUUGCUUGUUGCUUUUUUUUUCAAUAUUAUUAUUUUAGUUCCAAUUAGCCGCCAUUGCAUUUCUUUGCGUAUAUGAUAAAAUUUAUCUUUUAAUUAUCUAUAUUUAUAUUUUUUUACACUCAUCGAUGCAAAUUUUUAUUAUUCUAUCGCUUGUUCCAAACAAAAUAAAAAGAAAAUAAGAUACCACAA